AAGUUGCAGGGAGCCUCAGCCCAUCCAAACCAGAACAGACACGUCGCUGACGCUCAGUGGGAGCCACUCUCCCUGGAAGCUCCCCAGAGGCUGCUCCAGGCUUAUGGCUCAGCUCUGCGCACAGCCUGCGGCAGGGGCAGGGGUGCGCUGAUUCAGUCCCAGGUGGAGUGGAUCUCAUGCGUGUCUGGAAGACGGGGCAAGGAAAUUUUCCCGGGCUACUGCUGAGUCAGAAAAACUCAGCUCCCAAAUGGACUUCACCCGGAGGCCUCACACGCCUGGAAACCGAUCCACAGUGCCGCAAAGACCUGAACCAUGAGGAAGGCUUUCUCCUACCUUCUACUCCACCACUGUCAAAUCCAAUCAUUGAAAACAGCUUACCAACAGGGGCCAUUUCCAAAGGCACCUGUAGGACGGCGGUGGAGGCCGGUUACUGCUGGGGCAGCCCAGGGAGUUGUUGGACUCAGCCACAGGCGUGAGAACCGCUGGGGUGCUGCCUCUUUGAGAGCCCCGGGCAGCACUUGGAAGGGUGAGCUGAAACCCUGCUGUUCCUCCCUGGACAUUUAGACCGUGGACCCCUGACGGAUCUGAAGGAAGAAUGUUUGUGGAUGGCUCCUAGAAGAUCCUGACUUACUCUGGAGGAAAUACUGUUUUCCUGGGUUGGCUUCCUGUCUUACUGCUCCACCCACCCCCAGCUGACCAUGAACCAGCCAGACCCGGCUGAGGACCCGGAUCCCAGCCCUGCCCCACUGUGUGUGGUGUGUGGCCAAGCCCACUCCCCCGAGGAAAACCACUUCUACACCUACACGGAAGACGUGGACGACGACCUCAUCUGCCACAUCUGUCUGCAAGCUCUUCUGGACCCUCUGGACACUCCAUGCGGACACACGUACUGCACCCUCUGCCUCACCAGCUUCCUGGUGGAGAAGGACUUCUGCCCCGUGGAUCGCAAGCCCCUGGUUCUGCAGCGCUGCCAGAAGUCCAACAUCCUGGUCAACAAGCUCCUCAACAAGCUGCUGGUGACCUGCCCGUUCUCGGACCACUGCACCGAGGUGCUCCCGCGCUGCGACCUGGAGCGCCACUUUCAGACGAGCUGCAAAGGUGCCUCCCACUAUGGCCUCACUAAAGACAGGAAGAGGCGCUCUCAGGAUGGCUGCUCAGAUGGCAGCACCAGCCUCACAGCAACAGCACUGUCCCCAGAGAUUUCCACAGUUCCCACCGUCUCCUUAAUGACAGAUGAGCCUGGCCUAGACAACCCUGCCUACGUGUCCACAGCCGAGGACGGUCAGCCAAACAGCCCCCUGGACUCUGGCCGGAGCAACCGAACAAGGGCACGGCCCUUUGAGCGAUCCACCAUCAGAAGCAGAUCCUUUAAAAAAAUAAACCGAGCCUUGAGUGUUCUUCGAAGGACAAAGAGUGGAAGUACCGUUGUCAGCCAAGCUGAUCAGGGACGAGAGGAUUCUGAAAACACCACUAUCCCUGAUGUCUUUCCAAGGUUGUAUCACCUGAUUCCAGAUGGUGAAAUUACCAGCAUCAAGAUCAAUCGAAUGGAUCCCAAUGAAAACCUCUCCAUUAGGCUUGUGGGAGGCAGUGAAACCCCGCUGGUCCAUAUCAUUGUCCAGCACAUUUAUCGUGAUGGGGUGAUAGCCAGAGAUGGCCGGCUCCUGCCAGGAGACAUCAUCCUAAAGGUCAACGGGAUGGACAUCAGCAACGUCCGGCACAACUACGCCCUGCGCCUCCUGCGGCAGCCUUGCCACGUGCUGCGGCUGACCGUGCUCCGGGAGCGGAAGUUCCGGAGCAGGACCGACGAACAGCCCCCGGAUGCCUACGGGCCCCGGGAUGACAGUUUCCACGUGAUCCUCAACAAAAGCAGCCCGGAGGAGCAGCUUGGAAUCAAACUGGUGCGCAAGGUGGAUGAACCUGGGGUGUUCAUUUUCAACGUGCUGGACGGUGGCGUGGCAGACAGACACGGCCAGCUAGAGGAGAAUGACCGUGUGUUAGCCAUCAAUGGGCAUGACCUUCGGUACGGUAGCCCAGAGAGCGCAGCUCAUCUGAUUCAGGCCAGUGAAAGGCGUGUUCACCUCGUCGUGUCCCGCCAGGUUCGGCGGCAGAGUCCUGACAUCUUCCAGGAAGCCAGCUGGAGCAGCAACGGCAGCCAGUCCCCGGGGCCAGGGGACAGGAGCAACACUCCCAAGCCCCUCCAUCCUGUGGUCACUUGUCAUGAGAAAGUGGUAAGUGUCCGAAAAGACCCUGGUGAAUCACUCGGCAUGACCGUUGCAGGAGGCGCAUCACACACAGAGUGGGAUUUGCCAAUCUAUGUCAUCAGUGUCGAGCCCGGAGGAGUCAUAAGCAGAGAUGGAAGAAUAAAAACAGGUGACAUUUUGUUGAAUGUGAAUGGGAUUGAACUAACCGAGGUCAGCAGGAGUGAGGCAGUUGGUUUGUUGAAAAGCACAUCCUCCUCGGUGGUACUGAAAGCUUUGGAAGUCAAAGAGUAUGAGCCCCAGGAAGAUGAGAGCAGCCUGGCAGCCCUGGACUCUGACCACGACACAGCCCCACCCGGCGACUGGUUCCCCUCUUGGGUCAUGUGGCUGGAAUUACCACGGUACCUGUAUAACUGUAAAGAUGUUAUAUUACGAAGAAAUACAGCUGGAAGUCUAGGCUUCUGCAUCGUAGGAGGUUAUGAAGAAUACAAUGGAAACAAACCUUUUUUUAUCAAAUCCAUUGUUGAAGGAACACCAGCAUACAAUGAUGGAAGAAUUAGAUGUGGUGAUAUUCUUCUGGCUGUCAAUGGUAGAAGUACAACAGGAAUGAUACAUGCUUGCUUGGCAAGGACGCUAAAAGAACUUAAAGGAAAAAUUACUCUCACCAUUGCUUCCUGGCCUGGCACUUUUUUAUAGAAUGAAUGACGGGUUAUAGAAAAAUAGGAAAUCACAAGUAAGCUAAGUUGAAACAAUGUAUUUAUCUUGUCAGUUUUUUUUUUUUUUUAAUUUGAAGGCUACACUGUAAAAAUAUUAAACCUUAACAUCAGGAAAAGUAGAAUCUAAUGAAAGUCAAUUACACCUCAGAAAAUGUAAUUCUCGAAACAUAAACAUUACUAAUUUUUAUUCAGUGUGGAACAUUUCUCAUUACUCCACAGCUUUAAGAUUAAGUUUUCUAUUCACUAUAAAGCUCUUCAACAGCUGACAUGGUUUGUAUGCUCCCACUGAAUUCAAAUCAUAGUUUAAUUAAAAUUUGGUAUGUGCUGAGGUCUGUAAAGCAUUCAUUAUGGGCAUUUUAAAAACGAUUUCCACACAGAGGAUUAUAAAAGUGCACUGCUGAAAAGUGUUUAUCAAAUGAGAAAUAAAUAUUUUUCAAAAACUA